GCCGACGCCAGUUUCGGCCUCUUGGACGGCGGCAGCAGCUUGCCACCCCACUGAGGCAUUGUCCGCCGCGGGGGGGGGGGGUCAGCUGGCGGCGGCGGCUGCGUCCCUCGCUUCGCCGGCAGCAGCGUCAGCCAAUCAGCGCCGUCCGCCGCCUGGACGCGAAUGACGGAUAAACGGCGGAGGGGCAGAGAGCGGCGCGUUGGGGGCGUGGUCAGUUCCCUGCUGCCACUGGGUGGAUUUGAAUGUGGCGGGAAAGGGCGGCAUCUUGGGGUCGAGUAGCUACGGUGUUCCUCCUGAGUUCGAGACCCACCCAGGGAAGCCAAGAGAUUUCCACACCGCGUGUCGACAAUCUGCAUGUCAGAAUGUCUGACAUUCCAAUGGUCUACGAGACCCAGUUCUUUGGCUUCACCCCUCAAACGUGCAUGCUGCGGAUCUAUAUUGCCUUCCAGGACCACCUUUUCCACAUGAUGCUGGUAGUGGAAGAGGUGAUUCUGAAGAAACUGGAGAACAUGAGCCACCUUAAGGUCACCCCUUCCCUAAUCCGGAUGGGCACCGAGAAGUUCCUUUCCGUCAUGAAGGAGCAUUUCAACCUGUUCUUUGGCAAAAUGGAACAGAUGCUUCUCCAGAUUGUGCUGAGCAUCCCAAAGAACGUCUUGCAUCUGGAAGACAAGGUCCAAGAGAAAUUCAACCAUAGUGCAGCACAGUUUCAGGAUCUGCAGAAAGAGAUUGGUGCGUUAGAACAACAAGUGAAGGCGGAAACAGCUGCAGAGCAGGCUCUUCGAGCCGAACUGGAAGAACAAAAAGCCGUCCAGGUGCACCUUGAAAAGACACUGCAGUGGUUCGACAGCUUGGACAGCGUAUGCAGAGCGCACGGGACCAGCAACCUCAAAGAAAGCCUGGCCUUCCUGAAGAAAACCUCCCACAAACUGCAGGACAUCGUGCGAGAAGUCGACAAACACACCACAUCACAGAAGCAAUAUGUGGGUCAAAAGGAAGAGGUUGGAGAACAAAGCAGGACCCUCCCCCAUUUGGACCAAUAAUGUUCUUUGAAGAAGCAUUUGAAGUGUGCGUCUUCCCUUAAUAGUCAGUUUUGAAAGACAGUUGGGCAAUCUCUGGACAAUAAGUAGUGGAUGUGUUAAUCCCCGGACUAAGUCUCGGUCCAGGGAGUCUCUUAACUACCAACACUAGACCACAACUAGUCCACUAGUCCCUGGAUUAUUAAGUCCCUGGACCAAGAAGUAGACCUUGUUAUUGAAAUGUGCUUUAAAAAGGAAAAAUAGGCUUUUAUCUGCCACCUAGAUUCUGCCUUAAAUCCAGACUCCCCGCAUCCAUAUUGCCAUUUCUGCUAGCAAAGAUAUUGGGGCUCUGUUCCACACACAUAAUGUAAGAGCAAAGCAGUAAAUAAAAAUGCAAUUAGCCUGA